CAACACAUUUUUUCACUUCAGGAAGCAAGGUUGGACUGGAUGUCAUAUCAAUGGUAGGAGAGGAACCUUCCUUCUCCGCACCGGCAGUCCAUGCAUCUCACAUUGGCAUGAGCAUGAUUGACAGCCCCAGCAUGAUAAUGGAGGAGGUAACGGCACCUCCAAUACAUGCGACACUACUCGGAGAUGCUACCUUGGACAUGACAAGUGCUGCCCUCCUGGCUGACGAUGAUCCUGGUGUCCGAGCUACUCAGGUUCUGUUCUCAGAGUUCAUAAACAUUAUGGUGGCCAACCCAUCCGAGUCACAAGUUUGGCAGGAGCUGGAGCAGUACCAGGGUGUUUGUGCACAGCAAGUGGAGAGUCUGGCCAAGCUCCUCCGCAAAGCACCCAGACACCAUGCUAAUUUCACACGCACACAGCAGGUAUACCAGCAGCUUCUUAGUGAACGAAACACGUGGCGACUCCUGGGAUCACUGUACAUGGAGAGGAUGGGAGAGGAGGAGAAUAACAGAGAUUCCCCAAUGUCAGGAGAAGAACCCACCACAGAUUUGACAGUCGUCUCCCGUCUCUAUGACACCAACAGAACUAUCAGAGAGGCCCAGAUUGUGAUUGACUGGCUGGAGAAGAACGCAGCUGAUGACUUUGACCGGAAGUUUUAUGACAGGGUCGAAUAUUUUGGCGAUACCCACAUCGGUUGAAACACUCUAAAAACACUGAAGAGUGAGAGUAGCGGAGUGUCCAUACCUUUCCGAGGAACACGGUCAUUAGUCACAUCUCUAGACCCAGAUGCCCCCGUGCGGCAGGGGAAACCUCUGCAUGACCUUGACCACGAAGACGAGAUGAGAUUGAUGAGGUGUGUAUUUGUCUACGUAAGGUCGGGUCAGGUCGCAGCAGCAGAGGAGCUAUGUGUCAAAGCAGGUCACCACUGGAGAGCUGCGACCCUGGAAGGUUGGAAGCUCCACCAUGACCCUAAUCCCCUGAACCCCUCCCAGCGCAACCCAAUUUCGGGAAAUCCAUACAGGGAUGUAUGGAAGGCUGUAGCCUGGCGAGCAGCUAGUGAUGAACGUUUGCCUCAGUAUGAACGCGCAAUUUAUGGGGCACUUUGUGGUCACCUACAAGCAGUUUUGGGUGUGUGUCAUGAAUGGCAGGAUGUCCUCUGGGCAUACAGUCGCACAAUGGUUGACCAGUGGGUUGAGGAGCAGCUUCGAGGGGCAGCUACACACCUACGACCUUUGCACCCUCUCCCCAAAGAUUUCCCAGAAGAAAAGUUGAGCAUGAAGGCAUUGUUUGAGGCGUUGAGGCCAGAGCCUCCGCGCCCUGCUGUGCUCCACACACAACACACACUCUUCCUCAGGAAAAUAGGAAGGAUCUCCCAACAGCAAGAAUCCCUGUGCACAGAUAUAUUGGAAGCCUGUGUUAAGGAAUCUAUUGAACGAGGUGAUGUGGAGCAAGUGGCUUGGUACACGUCUGUCCUGCCAGUGUGGCUGCAGGUGGAAUGGUACGCACGCUUCCUCCACAAUAUAUCGGAUGACCACCACCGCCGCCACGCCUUGCAACUGGCAGCCACUGUUGGCCUUGACACUCGUGCCAUAACUUCAACUGUCGUGACCAACAUAAGAUUGUCAGGCAGUCGUGACCCAGAGAACGAGGUAGUCUCAGAGACGACAGGAGACGACAGAGUUAAAAUCAGUGCCAUUGACUGGCUCCUGUACGACCCCAAGCAGAGGGUAGAAGCUCUUCGUCAAGCCAAUGCCCUUUUGCGAACACUUCUCAUAUCCAGAAAAAUCGGUACUGCCAAAAUUUUGUUCAAAAAGAUUCCUAGUGACUCGGUGAACGUCAUUAUUCAAGAGCAUGAGACGGAAACCGGAUCCAGAGACUUAACAACCCAGUCUGAUAAUAUUGUUCGGGAAUAUCUUUGUAUCAGGACAUUCCUGGAUGCCCAGGACUCCUUCACCGACUGGUUUGACCACUAUCACCAGAAGAGGCCCCAGCCACCAAAGAAGCCAACAGCGGGCUCCAACUUCUCCCAGCAGGUGGCAUACGAGCAGGCAGAGCAGCAGCACAACGGGGAGUUGGAUCGAUGGAAACACACCCUGUCCCUCAUCACAAAAACGGCAUGUGAUCGCCUGUACAAUGUGCUUCUGUUCCCCGAGGGGGGAUGGCUGGUUGACUCAGGCUUAGAGGACCAGGAUGUCGACACCUCGGCUAAAGAUACCAGCAGCAGCAGGGAGUUGAGACUUGACAAUCAAGAACCAGAUCGGGCCCAGCAGAUGUCUGUGUUACGCUCAAUCUACAUCCCACAGGUAACUUCCCUGCUGCAAAACAUUCUACACUCAACAGAAAACUAUAAAGAAUCAGUUAGACUGGCAGACAUCAUUGCAUCAGAGCAACAUCAACUGUACAAGGCCUUUGGAUCAUGUGAACUACAGCGGUUCUUGAUAAAGCUUCAGGAGACAUCAAGGGAAUUACUCGACCGCAACUGCGAUGCCCUCGGGUACCCACUCCAGUAACCAGUGUUCAAAGGGGAGAGUGUAUGAUACACCAGUGCACACUUCGACUGUAUAAACUGUGAAAUCUUUCUCAAAGACAGAAGGGGAAAUAUUUUGAUAUGAUUUAGUUUGAAAAUUCUAGAUGACUGUUGAUUAUGCUUGAAGGGCAUAGGCUCAACAGGUUGAAAUUGUUAGGUUUUGCUAGUUUGAUAUAGUACUGCAGGAAUAAGAGGGUCUUCAGUCAAGCUGAGAAAGGUAGAAAAUCAGAAGGGAAUAUUUAUUUUGUUUUAAAUCAUGGGGACUGAAAAUGUCAAAUAUGUAGUAAAAAUAUGUUGAGAAAUUUUAUUACUUAAUGAAAGUUGAGGAAAAUGACAAAUGUUAAAGAUGUUUUCAGACAUUGAAAGUCUUGUGUGAUUACUACAGAUGGUCCUCACCUAUGUAGUAUGUUUACCUGUUUUUAUGUACAUGUUCUAUGUGUUAAGUUGUGAUACAUUAAAAUAAGUAGUGUUUUAAAUAAA